UAAAACGCACGACACAGGCCCCGUUCAGGCUUCCUGGGCCGGAGCGAGAGGGACCUCACGAUGGGGAAGUGAGGCGGGGCGGGGGGAUAGUGACACAUGGCUCUGUCCUUCAGAGGUCGGUUCCUCAGGGUCGCCGCUCUUUCCCCCCCCCGGGCCCUGACAGGCGGGAAUGUCUCAGUCGUUGCCAUGGCAAAAUGUUAACGAGCCCUUCGGUUCCAGUGCGGGAGCGGCGGAAUUCCGAGCUCGCCCCGGAGAGCUCCGUGGAGAUCGUGACGGAACCCUCGGCCCUGGGUCUCCAGGGAAACGAGAAUCGACCAAUCCGGAGUGCGCCAUCCCGCUGCAGCUGACGGACACGGUCAUGGCUCAGUUUCCCUCGCCUUUCGGAGGGGGCCUGGAUGCCUGGGUUAUCUCUGUAGACGAACGGGCCAAACAUGACCAGCAGUUCCACAGCCUGGCCCCCACGCCGGCCGGCUUCAUUACAGGUGACCAAGCCAGGAACUUCUUCCUCCAGUCUGGCCUGCCUCCCCCCAUCCUCGCUCAGAUAUGGGCUCUAGCAGAUCUUAAUAAUGAUGGUAAGAUGGACGCCCACGAGUUCUCUAUCGCCAUGAAGCUGAUCAAGCUGAAGCUGCAAGGUCACCCCCUGCCCCCCUCGCUACCCCCUGCCAUGAAGCAGCCGCCUCUCCCCCUGCCCCCCGUCCCACCCUUUGGCAUGCCCGGGAUGCCAGGUCUGCCCCUGCCUCCUCUGGCGGGAGUGGGCAUGUCCCCACCCCUCCUGUCCUCUGGGCCCCCGCCCGUGCCCCCCAUGGCCAACGGAGCCCCUGCCAUGAUCCCACCCCUCACCGGCUUCUCGCACACAGCGUCUGCGCUCAACAAAAGCUCCUCUUUUAAUCGUUCCAGUGUCUCCCUGCAGAAAGGCCAGUCCUUUGAAACUCCCAGCGUUGCUGCUGCCCAGCCCCCCCCAGACUGGGCCGUCCCGCCAUCCUCUAGGCUCAAGUACCGCCAGCUCUUCAACAGCCAGGACAAGAUGAUGUGCGGCCAUCUCACCGGGCCUCAAGCGAGAACAAUCCUAAUGCAGUCCAGUUUACCACAAGCACAGCUGGCCUCCAUCUGGAACCUGUCGGACAUCGACCAGGACGGGAAGCUGACCGCAGAGGAGUUCAUCCUGGCCAUGCACCUGAUCGACAUGGCGAUGUCCGGCCUGCCCCUGCCCCCUGUCCUACCCCCCGACUUCAUCCCGCCCACUUUCAGGAGAGUGCGCUCGGGCAGUGGGAUCUCGGCGGCCAGCCUGCUCGUGACUGACCAGUGGGUCCCAGAGGAGCCUGAGGAGGAGGACCCGCAGAAUGCUGAAAGGAAGCUGCCAGUGACGUUCGAGGAUAAGAAGCGGGAGAACUUUGAGCGGGGGAACCUGGAGCUGGAGAAGAGGAGGCAGGCCCUGCAGGAGCAGCAGAGGAAGGAGGCGGAGCGGCUGGCUGCUCUGGAGCGGCAGGAGCAGGAGAGGAGGGAGGCGGAGAGGAGGGAGCAGGAGAGACGCCGGCAGCACGAGCUGGAGAAGCAGCUGGAGAAGCAGAGGGAGCUGGAGAGGCUGAGGGAGGAGGAGAGGCGCAAGGACAUCGAGAGGAGGGAGGCUGCGAAGCGGGAGAUGGAGCGGCAGAGGCAGUUGGAGUGGGAGAGGAGCAGGAGGCAGGAGCUGCUGACCCAGAGGAACCGCGAGCAGGAGAGCAUGGUGCAGCUGAAGGCCCGCAAGAAGACCCUGGAGUUCGAGCUGGAGGCGCUGAACGAUAAGAAGCAGCAGCUGGACGGGAAGCUCCAGGACGUGCGCUUCCGCCUGUCGGCUCAGCGCCACGAGAUCGAGAGCACCAACAAGACCCGCGAGUUGCGCAUCGCUGAGAUCACGCACCUGCAGAGGGAGCUGCAGGAGUCUCAGCAGUGGCUGGGCAGACUCAUCCCGGAGAAGCAGUGUCUGAACGAGCAGCUGAAUCAGGUCCAGCAGAACAGCGUGCACAGUGACUCCCUGGUGACUCUGCGGAAGUCUCUGGAAGUUAAGGAGUCGACCCGGCAGGACCUCCGAGACCAGCUGGAUGCAGUGGAGCGGGAGACCCGAUCCAAACUGCUGGAGAUUGAUGCCUUCAACAGCCAGCUAAAGUCUCUGGGGCAGUUCUAUCAGGACCGCACUGCCCGGAUCGAAGCCCUGCGUCUGGAGCUUGCUCUGGAGGAGCGGAGGGGGCGACAGGUAGCCACCCACCCCCACCAGCCCCACUCGGCUCUCUGCUGCCACUCGCCCCCUGCUGGUGACAUUGUUAUGGUCGACGAGUCUCAAACGGGCGAGCCGGGCUGGCUGGGCGGAGAACUGAAGGGGAAGACCGGCUGGUUUCCCGCCAACUACGCCGAGAAGAUCCCCGAAGCGGAGGUCCCCAGCUCAGUGUCCCUCCAGAAACCCACCGCUCACGUCACGCCCACCUCCGCCUCCACCACGCCCACGCCUACGCCCACACAGCCCCCGCCCGCGGCCGCCACGCCCACCCCGCCGACAGACCCCACCCCCGCUCCCGCCCCACCGGCCCCUGCUGCGUCAGCCCCGUCCUCCUCGUCCGGAAACUGGGCCGACUUCAGCACCACGUGGCCGUCCAGUGCAGCGGCGGCGGAGAAGCCGGAAUCGGACGGCUGGGACGCCUGGCCCACGCAGCCAUCGCUCUCCGUCCCCAGUGCAGGGCAGCUUCGGCAGCGCUCCGCCUUCACCCCCGCCACCCUCACUGGAUCCUCCCCCUCCCCCGUCCUUGGACAGGGGGAGAAGGUGGAGGGUCUCCAGGCCCAGGCUCUGUACCCAUGGAGGGCUAAGAAGGAUAACCACCUGAACUUCAAUAAGAGCGAUAUAAUCACGGUGCUGGAGCAGCAGGACAUGUGGUGGUUUGGGGAGGUGCAGGGCCUGAGGGGCUGGUUCCCCAAAUCCUACGUCAAGCUCAUCUCCGGCCCUGUGCGCAAGUCUUUCAGUAUUGAGUCAGGUUCAUCAGACAGCCCCCCCAGUGUGAAGAGACCUACCCCCUCCCCCAGCAAACCCCUGGAACCUGGGGAAGAUUUCAUCGCGAUGUACACGUACGAGAGCAGCGAGCAGGGGGACCUGACGUUCCAGCAGGGCGAUGUGAUCACUGUGCUGAAGAAGGAGGGCGACUGGUGGACUGGGGCGGUGGGGGACAGGACCGGGGUGUUCCCCUCAAACUACGUCAAACCCCGGGGUGACUCCGAGGCUCUGGGACCUGCUGGGAAGACAGGGAGUCUGGGAAAGAAGCCGGAGAUCGCCCAGGUCAUCGCCCCAUACACAGCCACCGGGGCGGAGCAGCUCACCCUAGCACCCGGCCAGCUCAUCCUCAUCAGGAAGAAGAACCCAGGGGGCUGGUGGGAAGGGGAGCUGCAGGCCCGGGGAAAGAGACGACAGAUCGGCUGGUUUCCGGCCAAUUACGUGAAGCUGCUGAGUCCCAGCACCAGUAAGACCACGCCCACUGAGCCUCUGCCCCCAAAACUGCCAGCAUCCAAUGCAGUGUGCCAGGUGAUUGGUAUGUAUGACUAUAUCGCCCAGAACGAUGACGAGCUCCCUUUUGGGAAGGGCCAGAUCAUAAACGUGCUGAGUAAGGAAGACCCUGAUUGGUGGAAAGGGGAGCUGAAUGGCACAGUUGGCCUCUUCCCCUCAAAUUACGUCAAAAUGACCACCGACACCGACCCCAGCCAGCAGUGGUGUGCUGACCUGCAUCUCUUGGACAUGCUGACCCCCAUCGAGAGGAAGAGGCAGGGCUACACCCACGAGCUCAUUGUCACUGAAGAGAACUAUGUCAACGACCUGCAGCUGGUUACUGAGGUUUUCCAGAAGCCGCUGCUCGAGUCAGAGCUGCUGACAGAGACUGAGGUGGCCAUGAUCUUCGUCAACUGGAAGGAGCUAAUUAUGUGCAACAUCAAGCUGCUCAAGGCGCUGCGGGUGAGGAAGAAGAUGUCAGGUGAGCGGAUGCCGGUGAAGAUGAUUGGUGACAUCCUGACUGCGCAGCUGCCACACAUGCAGCCAUAUAUCCGCUUUUGCAGCUGCCAGCUCAACGGCGCCACCCUCAUCCAGCACAAAACCGACGAGCUGCCUGACUUCAAGGACUUCCUCAAGCGGUUGGCGAUGGAUCCGCGUUGUAAGGGCAUGCCUCUCUGCAGCUUCCUGCUCAAACCCAUGCAGAGAGUCACCCGAUACCCCCUCAUCAUAAAAAAUAUCCUGGAGAACACUCCGGAAAGCCACCCGGACCACAGCCAUCUGAAGCAGGCCUUGGAGAAGGCGGAGGAGCUGUGCUCACAGGUCAACGAGGGUGUGAGGGAGAAGGAGAACUCAGAUCGGCUGGAGUGGAUCCAGGCCCAUGUCCAGUGUGAAGGGCUGUCUGAGCAACUGGUGUUCAACUCUGUGACCAAUUGCCUGGGCCCACGCAAGUUUCUGCACAGCGGCAAGCUAUACAAAGCCAAGAGCAACAAGGAGCUGUACGGCUUCCUGUUCAAUGACUUCCUGCUGCUCACGCAGAUCAUCAAGCCUCUGGGCUACUCUGGCUCAGAGAAGGUCUUCAGCCCCAAGUCCCACCUGCAAUACCGCAUGUACAAGACUCCCAUCUUCCUGAACGAGGUGCUGGUGAAGCUGCCCACUGACCCAUCGGGAGAUGAACCCAUUUUCCACAUCUCCCACAUCGACCGAGUCUACACCCUGCGGGCUGAGAGCAUCAAUGAGAGGACGGCUUGGGUGCAGAAGAUCAAAGCUGCUUCAGAACUGUACAUAGAGACAGAGAAGAGGAAGAGGGAGAAGGCCUAUCUGGUACGGUCUCAGAGAGCCACAGGCAUCGGGAGGCUAAUGGUGAACAUCGUGGAGGGCAUCGAACUGAAGCCUUGUCGCUCCCACAGAAAGAGCAACCCUUACUGCGAGGUGACCAUGGGGUCCCAGUGCCACAUCACCAAAACCCUGCAGGACACACUCAACCCCAAAUGGAAUUCUAACUGCCAGUUUUUCAUCAAAGACCUGGAGCAGGAUGUCCUGUGUGUGACAGUGUUUGAAAGGGACCAGUUCUCUCCUGACGACUUCCUGGGAAGAACAGAGAUCCGCCUGGCUGAUAUUAAGAAGGACCAGGGUUCCAAAGGUCCGAUCACCAAACGGUUGCUUCUGCACGAGGUUCCGACCGGGGAGAUUGUGGUGCGUCUGGAUCUACAGCUCUUUGAAGAGCCUUGACCCCAAUUUCUACUGGUUGGGCCUGAUCUGCUGUUCUUAGAUGCCCCUAUUUCACACCUCAGCAUUCCAAGACCCUGUCCCGACCUAACGGUUUCCACUGGUACCACGUAUGUGUGCAUUUCUGAAUGUGCGUGUGGUUGUAUGUAUAUGUGGUUGUCUGUGUGUUUUGCCUGCAUAAGCUGUUAGUAAUGCUGUUCUUAAUGAGUGGUAAAGUCCGCUUUCUGUUUUUUUAUUAUUAUUAUUGAUGUUGUUUACAUUGCGAUGACAUAAGGAUCAGGGCCCUGUUUCACGUGCAUGGCUUACUGAGUUAACCUGAUGAGUUUGAUGACAUUUUGGGAUAAAUCCAGGAUUUAUGGUUUCACAAAGCAAGUUCACAAUUUAACCCAAACACAGUGUCUUCAACCCAGACCUGCAAAGGCUCAGGUUAAAGCUUAAGUUGGACGUAGCCUGGAAAUCCACCCAAAGAAAUCACACACACCAACAGCAGAUAAUAAAUGCACCUUUUGUAAGAGGUGCUUCACAUUGAGUAUACAAACAAAACAGUAUACACGAUUACACAAUAAAUACUGUUGUAAAAAUUAGGAAAUUAAAACAGGGCAGAGAAAUAUGAAGAAAUAAAAUUAGAAACUUCAAAGCUACAGAAGUAAAAACAGUGAAGCUAAAAUAUGCUGGGCAAUCAGGAAAGUGUACCUUGCAUUCAAAAGACAUAUCAGGGUGUUCAUCAGAAUUUCCUGGCCGUGCAAGGGUGAACACUAUUAAGCACUUCCAUCAUCCAAAUGAGUGUAAGUGGAGAAGAUCUCAAAGAGUGAUCUGCUGGUUCAGUCUUAAGUGGAGACAAGAAGAAUGACCUGUCACUGUGUGUGACUAAUGAGGAAUGAAUUAGGCUAGAAGAUUCCAAAAGGGUUUUAGUAGAAGUUAUGAAGGAUGCACAGAACCUACCAUUGAUAUUGCUGCUGCUGCUGCAUGCAGCCACUGGUUUUAGAACAGCUACCCCAGCCCCUGGGGAUACCCUCCACUAAUGGCCUGUUGACAUCGUGCUAACCUUCCCCUCCAGGUGUCCUCACCUCAGGCUUUUUCUUGUCGGCUGAAUUAGAAUAGUUUUGGGCGCUGCAGUGGCACACGGUUAAAGCAUUGGUCUCUGGUUUGAUGCAGCUGCCCACCUGGCAGAUCUGAGUAUGGCUGCCACAUAAGGGAACAGCAAUAACCAAGGGUGGGGGAAGGGACUCAGAAGGGAGGAUGGCAAACAUCCCUGAUUGCGAGCAUCCCUGAUCGCCUCAGAGUCACGGUCUGGGGCUAGAGACGGCAUGGCUUAAAGAAGGAAUGUCGAUCUCUUUCUGGCCGCCAGGCGGCAGGGUUGUAGCAGUGUUUCUUCAGCAGCCACAGGGAAUUGAUAAUAAACAAGGUACAAUUAACCACCAAAUUGGGAAGAAACAACAAACAAAAAAAGUAGUUUUCGGAAGUUAACCACUCACUUGUACAUUACCUAGUUGAAAAUGUAGAAUUGCAAUAAAGAGGCUACCAGUUUGCAAUAUAUUUUUAUAUUUGUCUUUGACCUGCUGCCAGGUCCUAUUGUAGCUGCUGUCACAUGCCCUGGGAAGCCAUUAAGAUAAUAUGAUUUUAUGUUUCAGUAUAGUGACAUUAACAUUAACAAGAGUCAAAAUAUUAUGGGCUUUUCACCACAUUAAAAUUCAGCAGAAUUAGCCAUUCUUAGGUGAAUAAAAUCUUUUUUCUGGAAUUCUCUGCCAAGCUUUCACACAGCUACUUUAUAUGGUAAUGUAUUGUGUAAAAGUUCGUACAGCAGUGGCUUUUAGCAUCUCACAUCCAAAUGACACUAGGAAAAAUAACUCUAAAGAAAGUCUAAUCUCCAAUCGAGUCAUUUCAAUAAUUCUAAUGAGCACAGAUCACAAACAGAAUUAUUUUUUCCUCUUACCAUGAUAAUCUUUCAAGUGUUUCAAUAUUUAUAGCAUUUAAAUAUGAAGUCUAUUUAAAUUUGUAUUUAUCUAUUUAUUUUCUUUAAGAGGUCCCGGACUGCAGGAGUCUUUCAGAAGUUUGAGGAACACACAAACGCAUUUACUGUGUUAUCCACUGGAAUGUUAACCAUUACACAGAGGUACGGCUAGAAAAUGUAGGCCUAUGUAGUGUAACAUUUAUUCAUUUAGCCUACUCACAUGAAUGUAUGCAGUGGUGUGGAAAGCCAAUCCCAAGGGAAUGUUCAUGUCUGUUUGCCCACAAAUUAAUAUAAAAGACAUACAGUGCAGUCUAGUGAAACAUUGGAACUUGUUAGCAACUUACUUUUUUAAAGCACAGAACAGCUUCAAAAUUCAUGGUUGAGAUAUUAAUGGAUGUAACUUAACUCAUAGAACAAAACGUGAAACUCUCUUAAGCGUAGAUUAACCACAGGCCUAAAAUUAGGCAGAAAUUAAAAUCCCUAUGGGACAAAAUGGGGAAAAGUCAGAAAAAAGCCUGGGAAAUCAACAGAGGGAACCCAUGGCUCAAAAAUGUGAACUCUCUUCUGGGUUUUAGCACUACAAACUAAAGUACUUUAGGUGGUGCAAAUGGGAUAAUUGUUUGAGAAGUUGCUAAAAGAGGCUACUGUGACCUCUUGCUAGUGGAGGGACUGAACAAUGCACAAUACAAAAAAACAAGGGGUGAUAAACUGGAGGCUCUACCCUGACAGAAGCAUUCCAUCUGCAUUUUUUCAAUGUGUUUCUUAGCUGUGACUGCAAGACAUGGUAGCCUAAUUAAUUGUGUUCCAGUGAAUCAUUGCUGAUUAUGAUGAGAAAGUGAACUGAGUGUUUUAGAUAGAAGGUAAAUGUGUGAUUUUAUGAAAAGCUGAUGUUUUUUACUAGAAGCAUUCUACAUUUUUUACUUUUUAGGUUACUUUCUGAAAACAAAUGUGUUCAUAUUGCGAAAAUAUAUACUAUUUAAAUACACUAGAGUAACACUUGAUUUGUUUACAUCCUUUCUUAUAGUAUUUUAAGUUUGCUUAAAUUGAAAUAUUUCCUGAGUGUUUUAUUUAUAAAGAUUACGCAAUGCUUUUGUUUACGGUGAGGGAGUAGGGUGCAGUUAUUUUUGUCAUCACUUGUCUUUAGGUUAUUGUUUUGCUGUAAUUUGCUUUAAGCAGUAGCUACUAAUGUUCAUAAGGAAAUAGUGUAUAUAGUAUGUAUACUUAGUGACCACUUUAUUGGGUAUUUAUUGGACUUAUUGGUCUUCUGCUGUAGCACAUCCACUUCAGGGUUCAACGUAUUGUGUGCUCAGAACUACUGUUCUGCAUACCACUGUUGUGAUGUGCUUAUUUGAGUUAUUGUCAGCUUGAACCAGUCUGGCCAUUUUCGUCUAACUUAUCUCAUUAACAAUGCCUUUUCACCCACAGAACUGCCACUCACUGGAUGUUGUUUUUCCACACCAUUCUCUGUAAACUAUAGACUGCUAUGUGUAAAAAUCCCAGGAGAUCAGCAGUUACUGAGAUACUCAAACCACCAAAUUCAAAUUCACUUGGCUCACAUUUCUCCCCCAUUCUGAAGUUUGGUCCAAACAACAACUAAACCUCUUGACCAUGUCUGCAUGCUUUUAUGCAUCGAGUUACAGUACUACUACACAAUUGGCUGAAUAGAUAUUUGCAUUAAUGAGUUGGUGCAGAAGCCUACCGACUAAAGUGGUCACUGUGUGUGAACAUAUGCACACACAAUUUCCUUGGCUGUUCUCCACUUAAGGGGAAUACACAACAUUUAAUUUCCACAAGGGAGCAGACAGCUAUUGCUAUGAACUUACCAUUUAUCAAAACAUGAAAAAAUGCUUUGCACUAAAAGUGGAGAAAGCCAAAAGGGAACACAGCCCAAGGCAGUGUUAAUAUGUAUGUUUAUGAAUAUAUAUAGUAUGUAAUGAAUGAUUCCACAUUUUAAAAAAAAGGUUUUCCAUUUCUAAAUGGGUUUUUAAAAGUGGAGAAUGGCAGAGGCUGCUCUUACGGAAAACUUGACAGGGAUGACCUCAGUAACCAGCUCCGCUCGGAGUUCCUGGUAAAAGGUUAAUAAAAACAGGUUAGACCAGCGUCAAAUAGCUAUGCUUUGUCAGCUUCAGAUUCUGGUACCAACAUAUGGGUACAUUGCAGUCUGCCAAUACCAUGUAAUCAAUGGAAGAUGGGGGAAGGGGGUGUCCAAUCUUAUCCAAGCACCAAGAUACUGGAUUCUACUGAUCAAGGUCUUGAUUCCAGACCAUGAUUAGUUUGUCGUAGUGCUGGGCUAAAACAAAAACCUGCAACUGUUUGGAAACUGUACUUGUAACCACUUUAAACAACAUACCAUCUUGAGAUAAGGGAAGAUGGGAAGUCUGGUGAUAUGGUUUAGCUUACCUUCUCGCCGUCCAGUGGCCUCAUCAGUAAUAUGUAUGGUAGCUCAGUUCUAGUGGAUUUCUCAAACCCCCCGUGAAGUUGGUGAGCAUAUAUUUCUGACUGACCCCCCCCCCCCCACUUUUUUUUUUUUAAUGGUCAUAUUGCUUGUUGAGCCUCUGGGUGUGUGUCACUAUUAUGUAAACCUAUGGAGAGAACAAUCCAAUUAAAACAACCUUUCUUUUAACAUA